AUGCGGCUCAUCAACGCGAAGUCUCUUCGCCUCGAGACUUACCUUGGAGACAACAUCCCACCGUACUCCAUCUUGUCUCACACCUGGUUAGACGAGGAGCUGACCCUCCAAGAGUUUGAGCGGCCCGGCCACGGCGCUGGCCGCAAAGGAUACGCCAAGAUUGCUGCUGCUUGUGCACAAUCGUUGAAGCAGGGCAUCAAGUACACCUGGGUCGACACUUGCUGUAUCGAUAAGACGAGCAGCGCCGAGCUGACCGAAGCCAUCAACUCCAUGUUUGAAUGGUACGCCAAGGCCUUAGUCUGCUAUGCGUUCCUGGCCGAUGUCGAGCCUGACCCGUGGGACCCUUCGACCACUUCAAUCGAGGGCUCGCGAUGGCUGAAGCGCGGCUUUACGCUGCAGGAGCUUCUGGCCCCUAAGCGUGUCGAGUUUUACGCGGCAGACUGGACCUACAUCGCAACCCGGCACGAGCUUGCCCCGCAGCUCAGCCUUGCAACCACUAUUGCCCAAGUCUAUCUGCUUGACGAUCUCUCAUGCGGCUCACGGCAGUCUCUCCUGUUUCGAGCAAACAUGGCUGAGAGGAUGAGCUGGGCCGCUCUCCGUGACACAACUCGAGAGGAGGACAAGGCGUACUGUCUUCUCGGACUAUUUGGCGUCAAUAUCCCUCUUAUCUACGGCGAGGGCGGAAAUGCCUUCCUCAGGCUGCAGGAGGAGAUAUUGCGCCGCUCCUUUGAUCCAACCUUGCUCGCAUGGAAUCUGCCGUCUGGUGAUGGCCCGCUGAUGCCUAUCGAGUCGCCUGGUUCUUCAAAGCUCGUGGAUGCCGUCAGUGCGAAGCAUUUCGUUGGUUGCGGGAAUCUGGUGGCACGUCACAGCCCUGAUCUGAACUGGGCUCUGAUCCCACAGGGCCUGCAGAUGAGGCUCCCGGUGUCAAGAGCACUUAGCCUCAAUCGACACCCAUAUCUACUCAUUCCAUGCUUUCGUCGGCACAACCCGCUCCUCUUGACGGCGGUCCCGAUC